CGUUCCGUCACACAGUUCUAAAUUUAGUUAGUCAGCUAGAAAAUGUCAAUACACAACAGAUCAUGUCAGAAUAAGUUGAGAUUUCAACACAAUGUCACCGUUUACGAUUAUUCUUACAAUUUCUUUAGUGUUAGGAUUCUUACCUAAGACAAAUUCACAUUUAAAUUUAUAUCUGGACCCGAAAGAGACAUUGCGGUUAUUGGGCAUUAAGUCCUCGGAACUUUAUUACGUGAGAAAUGGAAUUAUCAAUAAUUAUGCGCUGUCAUUUGAAAUGCCAAUCAACUAUGAUGUUAAAGAAAUUUACUUCACAUGGCAGAGCUUACGUCAGACUCCAGCCAUGUUGUUUAGCUUGAGAUUCAAUGUGUCUAACUCAAGAGCCAUGUCCCAGCCAAGAGCUAACAUCACAAGUGAUGGCUAUGUACCUAACACAUUAUCUGUUUUCAAGGUAGAAUUUCCAUGUACAGGAAAGAUUAGUGGAGAGGUUAUAGUCAACAUGCAAUUAAAUAUCAGUAUCUUCUCAGCAUCAAAUCUUACUGUCUUAAAUUUAGUCAGAAGAAAAAUGUGUUUAAAAGACAAAGUUCAACAGUCGUUCCUAGAUGAAGGCAGUGUACAAGUUGAUACUCCAAAAGUUUUCCCUACCCCACCAAACAUUUCACAUGCUGUUCAUAAGGGCAUGUCUAAUACUCUAGAUCAGCCACCGUCCAAAGAAACUGCCAUGUCAACCCAUGUGUUUUAUAUAGCUGUUGGAUGUGCUUGUGGUGUGAUCCUCCUCAUUGCAUUAGCUGUAGCAGUUUAUUACCUCAAUACACAGAAGAACUCAUCCAGGGGAUAUAACGAAAGAAUAAAGUAUUAUGAUACGAACAGCAGUUCUCAAGCAUUAACCAAGCAACAGAGCCAGUCUUUUAUCAGACCAGAAACUCCUAUGGACAAUAGCAUUAAAGGUUCAAUAAGAAAUUUUUCCUGUGGACCCUCACCAAUACCAGAGUUAUGUCCCCCUGAACCUGCUGAAGUUUUAAAUGAAAUAGCUAUUGGCAGAGAAAGAAUCUCACUAAAAGAGGUUCUAUUGGAAGGAACAUUUGGAAAGAUAUAUGAAGGAAUAUUAUUAAGUGAUGACGAAAACCAGUUCCCUGUAGAUCAAGAAAUUAUUGUAAAAACUGUCACGGAUCAAGCUCGAGAAGACCAAGUACAACUGUUUUUAUCUGAGAGUUGUAUGAUGAAGAGUCAAGUGAACACCAAUAUUUACCCAGUAAUAGGUUCAUGUAUUGGAGAUGGACUUUUACCUUAUAUCAUAUAUCCAAAUACCACGGUGGGCAACCUAAAAAAGUUCUUACUUCAGUGCCGGGUCUCAGAUACUGGUUCACAUUGUCCUAUGUCAACGCAGCAGAUAGUGUUCAUGGCAUUACAGAUAAUCAAAGGAAUUCAGUUCCUUCACAGAAAAAGAAUCAUUCAUAAAGAUAUAGCAGCUAGAAAUUGUGUGAUUGAUGGUGAUUGUUGUAUAAAGAUAACAGACAAUGCUUUAGCCAGAGAUUUGUUCCCCUCAGAAUAUAACUGUCUGGGAGACAAUGAAAACAGACCUGUCAAGUGGUUAGCAGUAGAAGCUAUUGUAGAAAGGAGAUUCUCAUUUCCCAGUGAUGUGUGGUCAUUUGCUGUAACGGUUUGGGAAAUGCUAACUUUAGGCCAGAUUCCUUAUUCAGAAAUAGAUCCAUUUGAAAUGGCUGGUUAUUUAAGAGAAGGAUACAGAAUAGCCCAGCCUUUGAACUGUCCUGAUGAACUAUUCACUGUGCUAUCUUAUUGUUGGAAUACUAAUCCUGAUGACAGACCAAAGUUUUCACAGUUACUUAUUUGUUUACAAGACUUCUACACUGCCCUCGGGAGAUAUGUCUGAUGUCCAUAUCGACAUAUGUGUUCUGCUGUGUAACAUCAUUCUGAUCGGAGGAAGGACACUAAACAAUGUUCUGAAAUGUUUAAACAGACUCCCAGAUCAGCAAAAUUGUGUUAAAAGAAGAAAUUUAUGUGAAAGAGGAAAGUAAGAGUGUCAAAUAUUAUCAAUUGUGAAAUCCUGUUUUAUACGAACUAUAUCCCAAAUAUCAGUAAUAUGAUUGAGGGUAUAUGACAAGAGUAUUUACUCUUUAACAAUGCCAAAGACUAUGAAAUAGAAUUAUAAUAAUAAUCAACAACGAUAAGACCAUACCCUGUCUCAUGUUCUCUAGUAAAUGUUCACCAUGUCUUUGAUAACUUGUGAAAAUGUGUUUUACAAGAGAAAUUCGUUUGUUUUAUGCUCAGGAAAUGUGUAAGACAGGUAGCUCUGCUAGAUGUUAUGUUACCCAGUCUAUGUUACAAUGGAUAAUAAUGUUGUAUAUUAUGGAUCAUAUAUACUACUCCAUCAGAAGAAUACAAAUACUUGGUAUCUGUGGAAUACAUUUAUUUAAACAAAAUGUUAACAAAUGUGUAAUAUAAUUAAGGUAAUAAGGGGGGCAGGUCAACAUGGAGACAAUUACAAUAAACCAGACCAGAAAUGCAAAGAGCAGUUGUGGUCUUUCAGUAGAAAAAUCGUGAUGAUAUGUCUAAUAAAUAGCCGUUUUUUUACAUGUUCCUUGUGUCUUAAACAUACUGCAAAAAACAAAAUUGCUAACAAAAUGUUCAAAAUUGUAUAUCUGUCAACUUUGUAUUAUUCUUUAAAUAAGUCCUGAAAAUCAUGGUAUAUUUAGUUAGGAACAAUUUAUAUUUUUCAACAACAUUCAUGAAGAACUUGAAUAUAAUAACUUAAUUUUAUAAGUUUCAAAUUAUUUGUCAGAAUGGCAAUGGGCUAAUGCAAUAUUGUAAUUACAUAGCUACUGUAUAUAGAUUUUUAUGUUUUUAAAUUGCAAAAGAUAUGUGGAUUUUAGAGAUUUCAACUACUUAAUUUAAAGAUUUUUGUCUUUAUUUUAUAUUCUUUUUGUAAUGCAUCAGGAGUAUGCAUUACAGAAUUUGAGAGCGUUUCCAUAGAUAAAUGAAUUGGCAAUCAGAGGGCAGUUUUUCUUUCAACCCACAAUUUAUAAAAGUUCAGUUACUUGUUUUCAAUUCUAAGAAUUCUUUAAUUCACUAUUAAUCACUUUCUCUGAGAUAAUUUUACAGUCUUUUAGCUUUUCAAUGUUUACAACCAAUAGCAUGAUUUUAUUCAAAUCUCAAUUAUGAGGAGGGGUUAGUUCCUUAAUCGGGACUUCAGGAUCGGAUGGUUUUUUAAAGCUCAGGAUUUCGGGAUCCGGGAAUUAUUUUUUGAAUUUCGGAUGUCAGGAUUUAAAUUUCUUUAAAUUGGGACCUUUGGAUUUUAUGUUUUUAAGCACAGGAUUUUGGGAUCAGUCCUCCCCCCUCAGUUAUGUAAUGACUAGGGGUGACAUAAGAGUGUAAUACAUAGUGGUAAAAUGUCUAGUUACUUUGUACUCAAUUUAAAAAAUUGUGCAGAUUAAUUGGAAUUGUGAAAAUGAAUAUUAUUAAGCUAUAACUGAUUCAGCUUGAAGAAAGUUGAUUGCCAAUGAAAUAAAAAUGUGUUUGUAUAAUUUGUUGUUUGUGCCAAAUUAGAUAUCAUUGUAGAAAAAGUUCAUGUGUAUAUUUUUUAUUAAUCAUAAUAACAUAAAAGUUUGUUUAUAUAUAUUAUUUACAUUUUUUCAUUUCAUUUGUGCCAUAUAUUGAAUUGAAAUGUUCAUUUUAUAAUUGUGAUAGUAACCUAUUAUUUGUUUAUUGAAAGACAUGCUUUAAUGGAGUAAAGAUUGUGUCGUUUAUCCUUUUUUAUAUGUACUAAUAUAAAAUAUAAAUGUUUUAAAUGUAUCAUCUUAGAUGAAAGGGGUCUAAUAGAAAGAGAUCUUCUCGCAUCCUGUCUAUUAUUGUUUUGAAAUAAACUUCAAUCAUUUGGUUUAAUUUGAUUGGAUCACUUACAAGAAGGUGCACUUGAGGUUGGUGUUCCAAAUAACGGAGGAAUCUACCAGUACAUACAUACAUACAAAGGUGUGAAACUGUCAUAAUUUGAUAUAAAAAAGAAGAUGUGGUAUGAUUGCCAAUGAGACAACUAUCCACAAAAGACAGUGAUAGUUUGUACGUACACAAAUAAAUGUGAAAACCAUUUAGUAUACUAUUGUUAAUUUUAUCGCCACAAAGACUAGAACUGUAAAACAAAUUAUCCCUUAAAAUUUAGACUAGACAUAAAGUAUUUAUGUCUUGCAACAUUUUCUACUUUCACCAUAAUAUUAUUAUAUAAGGAGACCUAUAUAUAAGGUCCAACAUUUGUGAUAUUCUUCUAAAGUUAAUAUGGCUGCUACUAAGUAAUAAUGAGUGCUAGAAAAUCAUAUUAAAAUGUGUUUUGUACUAAAACAAGGGUUCUGAUAUUUAGGACUCAUUUUAUCAAUGAAAUGGUAUAUGAUUCUAAGAGGUUUUCAACUCCUUAUUUACUUACUUCAAAUAAUAGAAAUCAUGAUUGCUUUGUCAUGUGAAAAAAUGAGAACAUGAAAGUUGUCAAUUAUUAGGGCCAGGAAAUAUGCAAAUCUUCAAUUAUUUUAUCAGUCAAAUUUGAAUUAUUGCACAUUUUAACAUUGAACAAUCAGUCUGAUAUUGCUUAGACAGUUCUUUGGGGAAUAUAUGUACUUUUAUUUGCUGUUGCAUGCAACAGUAAUUGGAAAAAGUUUAUUUAACACUUUAAAAUCUGUAAAAAGGUAUUGAAUAUUAAUUUACAGUGUAUAUGCUUAUUUGGUUUGUGAAAUACAUUUUUAUAUUAUUUGUACUUUUUGUACUUUGAAUAUUGACUCAGUGGUUGGUCCCUUAUUUUAGCGGGAAUAAUAAUUAUUUCUAUCCUUUUCAUUUAAUGUUAUUUCAGCAGAAAUAAUAUAAAAUUGAUACAUGUACAUGACUUUUUAAAUAUCUGCUGUUUUAUUAUCCCUAGAUUUUGGUAUAUGCCGGAGGACUUUAGACCAUGGGUAAAUAGCAAUCGAGUGAUAAUAACAGGGUAGAUAUGGAAGUCAUUUAUUUAUUUAUCAUUCAUUUGUAUGUAUCUAGGAUGAUACUUUGUUUGAGAAUUUAAUUUUAAACACAAUUAAAACAACAAGAAAGUUCUGAAAUCUUUUCUUAAAAUUAUAACAGGAUUUCUGUAAAUGUAAAUAGUUACACUAUUUCCUAAAAAUUGAUCUGAUUCUGUAACAAAACACCCAUUUUGGAAUAUCUUCCUGUUCUGCCAUAAUGCAGAAUAACAUCUUUUACAUAUCAAAGACAUGACAUCAUAUACACAUCACAAAAGUGAUGUCAUAACUAAAUAGCGUUGUUCUUUAAUAGGGCAAAAUUACAUGUUAUCUAUCUUUGUGAUCUGACUUCUAUCAAAAUAUAACUGGGCAGAUUUUGGGGGUUUGAUGUAUGCAAAACUGCAAAAGUUUGAACAGAUAUGUGAUAAUCAUGAUUUCUGUCCUAUGGAUUUAAAAUAAAAAUAGAUGUAUAACAUUUUGAAAGUGUUUUCAUUGAAAUCUGUGCUGAAUGACAUUUUAUUUCACAAGGCUUUGGAGCAGUGUGUUGAUUUAUAGUUUUAUAAAAGUGUCAUGAAGCUUCGUAUACUAACUAUGUUUUGUUUUAUAAUAUCAUUGUACUUGCAGUAUUAAAUAAAUAAAUUUAUCAGAAAGA